UGUGUGAAAGGGAGAGAGAGAGCAGAAGAGAAACUUAGUUCAGAUGAGUCGCUCUCAGCAGUGUGCAGCAGUGUUUUCAGUGCUCUCUGUUUCUACAGUGUGGAGGAGCUUAGCUUUAUUAUAGUAGGUAGCUGCUGUGCACACUCAGUGUGGGGGAUCUGACCAAAACAUUAGAGUAGGAUAGCUAGCUGGUGGACCUUUUGUUUUGGUGAUUGUAUUGUUUUAGAAUGGUUUUCUAGUUUAGUUAGUUUGUUAAUUAUAUCGUCUUGCUGGAGCCUGAGGGGUUCACAUAUUUACAUAUUUUAUUAUAUUUUCUUUACUGACAGAAAGGCAUACGUUUUUUACUUUUUCUUUCCUUUUCUUGCUUUUUCUAUUAAUAAGCACUAGCUAUUUAUUGCACAGACUGGCUGUCAUGGGCUGUCCUGAAGGGCUGAAGGUGCUGCUGCUGCUCGGUGGUGGACUAGGGGGAGUGUGUUAAGAUGCCGGCGGGCUGACUGACAGUAAGCGUUUCCCGACUAUGACCAUGAGCGGUGACCGCACCGAGCCGUCUGCGCCGCUCGACCUGCGGACCAAGGGCAGAGACCGUGUGGGGGGCGGCGGCGGCGGCAGUGGCAGCAGUGGCGGCGGCAGUGGCAGCAGCAGCCUGAGAGGCUCCCCUCCAGCCUCCCCCGCCGUCACAGCUGACAGUGGCGCAAAGGUAGGCAGCGAGCCUUCAUUAAUAAAGUGUGGCAGCGACCAGAAGCCGCCUGCCUCCGAUCUUCCAAUAAGAAAACGCUACCUGCAGAACCACAGCACCCCUGACCCCUCGAAAACAGAGCCGCAGAAGGACUCCGGAGGAAGCCCGGCUCCUGCCAAGAAGCCCCGGUGCAGCGUUGAGAAUCGGAACGGACUGAGCCGGGCUGAGCCUCGGCCGCGCAGCUUCUCGCCAGUCCAGAGUCCAGAGCAGGCAGGAGCGCACGGACACAGCCACGGUCACCUGCCAACGCUGUGUUCCCAUAUGUUCAUCUCAACUCAUCCGUACUCCAAUAUUUAUGAAGACACGAAUCGUCUGCUGCGCGAGGUUGCUCUGGCCACACACCCAGAUGAUGAUGGAGACACGCCUCUGCACAUUGCUGUGGUUCAGGGGAAGCUGUCAGUGGUUGAAAGACUGAUCCACAUUUUUCUGCGGGGUCAAAAAGAGCUGGACUCAUAUAACAACUUACGACAGACUCCUCUCCAUUUGGCUGUCAUUACUCAUCAGCAUGUAAUGGUCCUGGCUCUACUGAAGGGGGGAGCUGACCCUGGAGCAUUUGACCGUAACGGACAGACCGCUUUGCAUCUUUGUUGUGAGCACGGUCAGGAGAACUGCCUGUCAGUCAUCCUGUCCCACAUUGCCCGCUCCUCAUGCUGCCCCCACACCAUCCUUGACAGCAGGAACUAUGAAGGUCUGACCCCUCUACACUUGGCUGUUCAGGACGGAAAAAAGAAUCUUGCCAAAAUGUUACUGGACAGUGGAGCCGACAUCAAUGCUGUGGACAUUAAGAGUGGUCGCAGUCCACUGAUGCAUGCUGUGGAGAACAACUGUUUGGAGAUGGUCAACUUUCUCAUUGAGAAUGGCUGUAAUGUGAAUGCACAGUCAUAUAGUGGUAACACAGCUCUCCACAGUGCAUGUGGCCGUGGCGAGGUGGAUGCUGUCAGAGUGCUUCUGAAGAAUGGUGCUGACAGCAGUUUAAAGAACUACCACAAUGACACUGCCGUCAUGGUGGCCAAGAACAAGAAGGUGUCUGAUGUGUUGCGUGGGAAGACUACUCGAGGCCAUAUUUUGAAAACCCAGCUCAGCUUUAAUGGUGCCCCAUCACCAGUUAAUUUGAGCCCCUCUCCACUGGCCACCACCAGCCUUCAUCGAAGUGCCUCUGUCUCUCCUGUGGCUCCGUGUACACACUCGCCACACAGUCAGUCUGGUGAAAGCAUGACAGGGAACCACUCACCUACAGACACCCAGGAAAAAGAAGAUCUGCAGCGGAGCACAUUUCAUAAUAUGACCGCAGACAGAACAGACUAUGGAAUGUCCUUACAUUCAUAUCCCUUUUUCUCACCACCUCGCUAUGACCCCUUCAUGCCUACUAUACUGCCUGGCCACCCUGCUUAUUACCAAGCAGCUUUGCAAAGGCAUUCAUAUUCCCCAGACACACCAUUUAUCCUCUUUCCAGCUAGCCUUGGAAGGGGUGAGACGCUUGUUUCUCAUGGCCUGCCCCCAACAUCCACACAGUCACGGCCCCCCAGUCGUAACAGUGAAUCAGAUGCAUCUAAUAUGAGCGUGAGCAGUGAGGGGAAAGGAAUAAGUUGAUUACGACCAACUGUAACCGCUUGAUCUGUCUAUACUUGCACAUGUUGUACCUGCACUGUGAGGAUUGACAAGUACUUAUAAUGGCGAUUAAGGUGCAUGAGUAGUUGUGGCAGGCCCAUCUUAUGAAAUGCCUUUGUAGCCUAUAACUUAUAGUUAAUUUCAUGUGUUUUCUUAUGUCUGUAUUUCAGUACAUUGUAAUUCAGUUUAAGGUGAGAAAUUUAUGCAGAAAAUCUGUAUAGUUUAAAUGUUUAUAAUCAUAUGUCUCUAUUCAUAUGUUUAUACUCUUUACAAUCUGCAAAAGCACUGACUCUUCACCUAUUUAUACAUGCCACAGCUGUGAAGGCGCAUCAUUUAUGAAAUGCGAAUAUGCUGUGAAACCAUUUUUAAUAUGCAUAUGCUUUAGCAUAGCAUUUUGUGUGUGAAGUUUUUGUGUAUUUUUAAUGAAUGUAAAUAUAAAAGUGCCACUUACUGAGAAACAGAAAAUAAAUAUUUUUUUCAAGAA